AUGAUCGGCCAGUUUGGUCCAGAGGGAGGCACCCUGUCCUGCGAGGAUUCUGAUGUCAUCGUAGAGAUUCCCCCGGACGCUAUUCCUCCUGAUCGCCGAGACCAGCUCAUUAUAGCAAGGAUUUGUUUGUGCCCAGACUCCAUCGGACCCAAGCUGACAGAUCCCGACUCCUUGUGGCUCAGUCCCCUCGUCGACCUAGAAUCUCCUGGUCUGCAAAGAUUCGAUAAAAAUGUCCUCAUCAAGAUUCCGCACCGAGCUCGAGUGCAGCCCGGCUGGACCUUCAGUGUACAUUACACUGAUCCCACUGCUGACACCAAGAGCAACUGGCAGACCGAUACCACUCGUGCAACCGUUGACCAACUUCCCGAGGCUGCCACGUUCCUUCCCAGUAAAUACACCGACACCCAGGCAAUGUGGAACUGUGUGGAGCAGAAAUGGCAUUCUCGCACGGAAGAAAAGGCUUCAAGCGAUGUGACCAGGCUAACAUUCUCUGUCGAUGAGAAAUACUUCAACAUCUCCACAUCUCACUUCUCCCACUAUGUCUGCUCAGGGUGUAGCAAAACACAUCCUCUAAACCUCGAAUCCGUUGUGUAUUGGCAUCACUACAAGGUCGUAGGUCUCGAUCAGAUGGAUCUCAAUGUCUACAUCAUUGAUAUAAUUAAGGAUACCCGCAAAGCCAGCGUUGAAAGCAACGAGGGAUCAAGCAAACAGCCAGGCGCCCAAAGCGGCAGGACAGGAUACUCUUCACUCAGCCUGGAAUAUACGUCUAGUGAGGCUUCGUCGCUAAUCAUCUUUGUUGACGAAGAGUGCAUGGAUGACGACUGGAAAUGGAGUCUAAAAUCUUACAAUGGUAGACUCCCGGCUAAACGAGAGAUGUCAGUCGAAUCAGUCAUUCGUGGCUGCUGUUCGUCCCACAUGUCUACCCAACAGAUGUUCACCUUCGUUUCAACGGACCCUUCUAAGCAUGAGCAACUCAGCUUUUUCCAAGCGAUGAUUGGCAUCAAACAGCUUAACUCACAAAAAGUGGUCGUGCAAAUGCCAAUUCUUGUGACUGUUCCCCUUACUAAGGGAUGUGGAGCUGUAGGGGCUACUAACACCGAUAACACCAGCAAUGGGGCACCCAUCAUCAGUGACGGCGAAAUUGACUUCGUGGGCGAGCGACUGCCCUGCAGCAAAUGGCCCCGUCUCUACCGCAAACUGAUGGGAAAGGGCGCCGACAUUGGCAUCGAAGAGAUCCAGCACAGAGAUUUCACCGACUCCCGAGAGCAAAUCCACAGCGCCCUCGUCGCCUGGAGGAGGAGCAAAGGUCGCAUGGCAACGGUCGAGAAACUCAACACAGCUCUUCAGCAAUUGGAGCUUCGAGACAUUGCUGAUCAGCUGCAGUCGUUUUGCCCACAGUCGCCAGAGUAA